CUAGCGUGGCAGGUCGCGAGUGCGCAGCCUCAGUCACACGUGGUUCUCCGGUGCUGCUGCUGCUCGGUGCUGUGCGGGAGGCUCCGGCUGCAGGUUCCUGUGCGGCCACGCAUCAUGUUACCGUUCUCAUUGCGGCGUCUGGUCCAGCCUUUAAGAAGAUGCUGCCAUGUGCGAGCCCAGCAUACAAAACCUGCAUCUCAAGCUGGGAACCAGUUAUGGAAUGGGCAGGAAAGCUUGGCUGAAAAUGACCCUGAAAUGUGGGACCUUGUACAGAAGGAGAAGGACAGGCAGUGCCGUGGACUGGAGAUGAUCGCCUCUGAGAAUUUCUGCAGUCGAGCGGCUUUGGAAGCACUUGGUUCCUGCCUCAACAACAAAUACUCUGAGGGCUAUCCUGGAAAGAGAUAUUAUGGAGGGGCUGAGGUGGUGGAUCAGAUAGAGUUGCUCUGUCAGCAGCGAGCAUUGGAAGCCUUCAGACUGGACCCAGGAAAGUGGGGUGUGAACGUGCAGCCGUAUUCCGGGUCUCCCGCCAAUUUUGCAGCGUACACGGCUCUGCUGCAGCCACAUGACCGCCUCAUGGGGCUCGAUCUUCCAGAUGGAGGGCACUUGACCCAUGGGUACAUGUCUGAUGUGAAGCGCAUAUCUGCUACCUCGAUUUACUUUGAAUCUAUGCCUUACAAGCUAAAUCCAGCCACUGGGUUGAUUGACUAUGACCAACUGGAGAUGACAGCCCGACUCUUCCGCCCGAAGCUCAUCAUCGCCGGGACCAGCGCUUAUGCAAGACUGAUUGAUUAUGCCUGCAUGAAGAAGGUAUGCGACGACGUGAAGGCGAUCCUCCUGGCUGACAUGGCGCACAUCAGUGGUCUUGUAGCGGCAGGUGUGAUUCCAUCUCCUUUUGAUCAUGCUGAUGUGGUCACCUCUACAACUCACAAGACUCUCCGAGGAGCCAGGUCUGGACUGAUAUUUUAUCGUAAAGGCGUGAAGUCAGUGGAUAAGAAAACUGGAAAAGAAAUUCUUUACAACUUUGAAGAUAAAAUCAACUUUUCGGUUUUCCCUUCAAUCCAAGGAGGUCCUCACAAUCAUGCAAUAGCAGCAGUAGCAGUGGCCCUAAAACAGGCCAGUUCUCCGAUGUUCCAGCAAUAUGCCGUGCAGACGCUGAAAAACGCCAAGGCCAUGGCAGCCUCCCUGCUCCUGAAGGGUUACACGCUUGUGUCAGGAGGUACCGAUAACCAUCUGGUUUUAGUAGACCUGAGGCCCAAGGGUCUGGAUGGAGCCCGGGCUGAGAGGGUGCUGGAGCUGGUGUCCAUAACCGCCAACAAGAACACAUGUCCUGGAGAUAAGAGCGCUAUUACUCCUGGUGGCCUAAGGCUGGGUGCCCCUGCUCUCACCUCGCGCAAUUUUAAAGAGGACGACUUCAAAAAAGUGGUUGAUUUUAUUGACGAAGGAAUUGCUAUUGGACUUGAUGUGAAGAGCAAGACAGCUAAACUGCAAGACUUCAAGAACUUCCUUCUCGAGGACCAAGACACAGUACAGCGCAUUGCAGAUCUCCGUCAGCGUGUAGAGAAAUUUGCCCGUGCCUUCCCCAUGCCAGGGUUUGAGGAACGUUAAACUCUGACUUGUUUCUGAGAAGACGGCUACCUUCAUUUUGCCCUCUACCAUCUGUACCAAUUAACUUGGACAUGCUUUCCUGUUACUUACUAUGCAUUACUCCUUCUCCAAACAGUUUUCAAUUUUUGAGCUUUUUUUUUUUUUUCUAACAGACUUCUUCCAGCAGAUUCUAUUUUCCGUGUUAGAGUCGGCUAUAGGACUGUAUGGACAGAUUGUGUAGCCACAGCAGUGGAUGUUCAAGUGGCAUUUUUAGGCUUCAUUGUCUGACUGUCAAUAAAAGCAAUAGCAUACAUUGUCUGGAUUCCAUGCCUAUCUUGAAAUUAGACUGGCCAACGUAUACCACCUCAAUGUAAUACUUUGCUACCUGCAACAUAACCACCUUUUAUUUUUUUUUGACCUUUACUAAGUAAGGCUCUUGGCAUAAUUUUGGUAUUUUAUAAAAUCUGUCAUGGAGACUGUUCAUGGAGUAAGCUUGUUAGUGUAUUGUAGACAAAAAUGUAGUGUGCCUCCAGUGAAAAAUUCAAUCUUCAGAGUUCUUAGAUCCUCAUAUACAGUACCUUUUUUGUGAAGUCUUUUCCUUCCUACUUAGCCAUUUUUGCUGCAGAUCUCUCGUCCCACGUGACUCAUCCCACCUGUUAUUAUUGUCAAUGUUGGGUUCUGUCCUCCUGGACUUUGGCCACCAUGUAUAACUGAGGCCACAAACCCGUGACCAAAUCAGAAGACCGAUAUCUAUCAGGUUUUGUCAUGGUGUCCGUUUUCUUACCCAAAAAAAGUAUCCAUGCUGCCUCCAACACAGAUUUGAACACAGCCUUACAAAUGCAGUAAAGCUUUAGCCUAUCCCCAGUCAGUCUCCCAAUCACAGCUGUAGCCUAGCCCAAGUUAGUCUCCUAGCUCACAAUACACUUGGAAACACCUCAUUCAUUCUUCUUCCCUCUCGCUACAGAGACCAUUUCCUCGAAUUAGUGCCAAUGCUGCUGGGAUCACAGGACUUUAGCAAGUUCAGUCUACAGACACUCAAGAAGUAUAUCCUGUUUGUGCAACAUAGUGCUCUAGCAAGGAGGAAGUAAAGGCCUGCAGCAAUUCAUGUCCUUCUCAUUUGUUCUUUAUUCAAAUGAAUAGUGUGUGCAUCCUUCAAGUGAAUAUGGCUAAUAAGUACUUUAUGCUACUCAAUUCCGGAUUGAAAACUUCAAUUUACACACUGAUGUGAUUUCCUAAGAGUUUUAGGUAGUUCACUGGAGGUAUGCUUCUAGCCUGGAGCUGCACAGUGACAUGAGGAUUGCAGUGUUGCAGUUAAACAUCGCAUCUAAUGAGUGUCAGUGACUAUGAUGCAACAGCCACAAAAAAAAUCAAACUGUGGAUUUCUGGUGGCUGGUCGCAAGUUGUACAUGACUUUGUCAUCUUGGACCACAAUGCAAGGCAUGUGUGGCCUGCAAAAUCUCAGAAAUUUGGCUUUUUUUCACAGCCAAAUCCUCUUUUGUAAGUUUUUGUGGCCACGUUUCUGAAACUUGCUGUUCCGUGACACGAUGUAGCCCAAGUCUUAACCAGGUUAUAUUUUUAGCACUAUCAGUCCGAGUAUGUAUAUACUAUGUAGAAUUAACUUGUGCCAAUAAAAGAUAUGCUAUGUGUUGUAUGUGACAUCUAUAUGUGAAGCUGAUUGAUAAUUGGCUAAAAACAGUAUUGUCAUUCUAAUUACCUCUAGAGUACUAUGCCAUGAUGCACCAUUGAGUGCUAAUGUCUAAAAGGUACCUUUUUAUCUCUCCCGCCAUUGCUCUGUUGGCUUGGCGCUUUACGGGACAGAACUGACACUGACUAGGAUGGCGACAUUUGAUUUAUUAUAGCUCUUGGAAUUCUGACUGCGAAUCAGCAGAUGACGACUGCCUCCUGUGUCCAGCUUUUGGAAAGCAUUCCUAUAAAAUAUCAUAUUCCUUUUAUAAAAUGAAGCUUACGGACAGAAUGAAAACCCAUUAGUGAGUGUUGGGCAUUAUGACACGACUAUCUGUUUUGCAGUCAGCAGAUUGCGAAUUUGCAAAAUACAAAUGCAUUGCCUGUGCCGUCCACGUUCUAUUUUUGCGUAACCCCAGACUUCAUUGCCUGCAUUUUUCAGACAUAUUCUAUAGUUUUGCAUAGCGUAUAUAUACGCAUGCAGAAAGCACACGGAUGAUCCAUGUGCUUUCUGCCUCCGUAUGUCUGUCAUGCAAAAAAGUAGACUGUUCUAUUUACUUGGCUGAAAAAUGCAGACCACAGAUUCAUUGAAGUCAAAGAGUCUGCAAAAAAUGCAGACACAACAUGAAUGAUAUCUGUAUUUUGGGGAUCUGCAAUUUGCCGACUGCAAAAUGCAUACAGGGGUGUGCAUGCGGCCUUAGAAGGCGGGAGAUUAAAUAGUCUGUUCCUUUCCAGAUAAUAUGCAUAAAGAAUGGAGCAAUAAUUAAUACACAUGUGAAUUAUAAUACAAACAAUCUGUUCAUCGGUUUCAAAAAUACUCAUUUUAAUUGAUGGUAUUGGCAGGCUGCACACAAUUCUAGCAAAAUCAUUAUUAAAAUACUUGUAAAACCCAUGCCUUGGCAGCCUGCCACCCUCUUGCUAAUCUUAAAGGCAUCUUUCCUGUCUGGAGCCAUAGUAUGUGACGUGGUGCUUCUCUCCUCCUCAUGCAGGGCUCACAGCCAUAACUUCCCAUCACAGCCAGAGAACUAUUAUAGCAAAGCAAAUUCAAUUUGUUAGAUGAAAUCGUAUUUGCCCCGAGGCUGUGGCUGUGUUUCGUCCAUGGAAGGAGCAGGCAACAGCUUGGGAAGUAGACUCCUCGCAUUUUUGUUUUUUAAAUGAUCCCGGCGGUCAAAUUAGAAUCGAUUAACAAACAAACGGAGUAAAUGUAAUGAAAUGAGACUGGGUAUUGGCGUAAUGUUCCCAUCUGCUCGCUGCCUGGAGUGACACACACAGUUCUGUGUUAUUAACCCUUUUUGCUGUAAGGGGACAGCAGUAUAAUGCUCAGCUGGCCUGAUUAGGCUCUCCUUCCAGGAAUGGAAAUUUGACCAACGUGGGCUGAUAAAUCCAGGCGUAUGCUUCUCUACUAUUACCUAAAUAAACGGUGAGGAUUGGUCUAUAUUUUCAUAAAAUCAGAAGUUUCCAUUCCGAGUGUCCUCUCUGAUGUAAUUCAGGUAUAUUAACAGAAAACAUAUUUUUUUGAUAGCGCUGUAAAGGCAGACUUCUUAAUUGCAGCAAGAAUUGAUUAUGAACAUGCAUUUUCUAUUCAUGUUAGAUCUGGAAUUGACAUAGGAGCUGGGCAUGUCCUUGCCUUAUAUUGCAUGUUUCAUAAUGAGAUCUGUAACGUGAAUAAAAAUUAAUAUAAUAAAUUA